UAUAUUUACAGCUUAGAUAAUACUAUGGGUACCCAAUGAGUUACCAGAUAAAAAGUUGCAGGCCUGUUGUGAAGCUUGGGAUCGUAGAAUCCAGGAACACAACGUCCACUGCUCCAGUCCUCUGAGGAAACACUUGCUUGAAACAAUGGCUGCCGCCCUCGUCGAGAGCGCCCCGGACCACCAAAGGGAAAGAAGUUCUCUGUACAGCUCCCCCGAGAUGUCUGGCGACUAGAGUCCUCCGCUGUCCGCUGGAUACCUCAGUCCCUUGGUCUCAGUGUACCUCACUUAGCAGUACGGACGAUGUAUAUCCAGUGUGUCCGAGCAGGCUACACUUGUCCCAAGUCCGUGACGAAUAAGCUAGCGCUAGCCGCGUUAGCUUCCUGAUGGACGUCGGCGGCUCAGUCCGAGUUCUUUGAAUUAACUUAAUUUAACACAACCAUACCACUGUACAAUGUCUCUGUUCGAGUCACUUGUCGUUCGUCUACAAGCAUUUACAGUAGUAACGCUUACUGGACGGGUUGUUCACAUAACUGUAGCUGUGCGGCGCACAUCUCAACAUGUUGUCUCACUGUUGUUUUCUCUCUUUUUCACUUCCUCAUCGACCUUUCAACUCGACCCUUGACCUUACACCUCAUCAAUAAACAUAAUGCAAAAAGCAUACAUCAAUCUUCCUUUUCUCCGUACUUUCAAAAUAAAAUAUUCUUAACACCUUUCCAUCAUCAUGAACUUUGUAUUCAAGAAAACACAAUACAUUUUACCUCAUGUAAUAACACAUGAACUUAACCAUGAUAACCUAUUUGUACUGCACCAUAGGCAAUAUGCAACACCUGAGUAGUUUUUAAUAUUUUAAAUCAUAUGUAUUAUCUUUAUCAAUUCCUAUUUAUGAAGCUAUGAACUUAUAUAUUCUAGGCCUAAUUUUCCAUAGGGCUACAACAGUAUCAUUAAUGCUUUUAGUUGUGGUCAUAAUCUUAAAUCACACAUGUAUUCACCAACAGAAAAGUGGAAAUGUGUGUAGCUAGCCAGUCAGGAUUUGGCUACCAAAAUCCGUAACUGAAAACAAAACUACAGUGCAGUUUUAGCUCUAUAACCACACAUGACUUUGUUGAAUCAUAACGAUUUGAUAUGAAUUCCAGGUGUAUUAAUCAGCUCAAAUAUUUGCUUUAUGGCUCAAUGAGCCUGUAUGUGUGUAUAAAAAUAUCUGAAAUAUACAAAUAUACAACAUUGCAAACUGGACAGACAGAAGUCUAAUAGGUCAACCUGUCUUGCACACACUUUUCCACAAAACUUAUCAUAUCCAAUAUCUCCCAAGUUACUGUGUGCAAGCCAGAUGCAAUAGCCCUCUAUCAAAAGUGAAAGAGGUGUUCUUUGAUCAGAUAACUCAGUAUGUGCAGCACAAAAUCAGUCUAAAAUGAAAUGAACUUCCAGCCCUGCCCCUUAUUUUGCUUAUACCCAAAUGGGCGGUACAGAAUAUUAAACAGAACUACAAGUCAAUAAAAAGGGAUGACCGAACAAUAAAAUUAACUCAGCUCGGAAAAAGGGUAAACAGGAAGAAAGUCAUGUGGGCAGUUUUAGAAAUCAACCCUCUCUUGCUCGUGUAUCUUAUUUUGUUGUAUUCUUUCCUCUCUUCUGCCGUGUCCAACUCUCUUUAUUCCUCCUCCUGCCAGUUACAGGGACAGUUUCAUCUAAAUGGGCUGCACAAAGCUGGAGAUGUGGUUCUAGGUGGGAUUUUUCAGAUUCACUUUUUCUCUGUGUUUCCUGAUAUGUCUUUUACCUCAGAGCCACAACAGCCUACCUGUCACGGUUUUGAUAUUCUAGGAUUCAGGCAGGCCCAGACCAUGGCCUUUGCUAUUGAUGAGAUUAACAGAAACUCCAACCUACUACCUAAUGUGACUCUGGGAUACACGCUUUAUGAUAAUUGCCUCAAACUAGGCAUUGGAUUUCGUGCAGCAAUGUCGCUAGUCAGUGGUCAAGAGCAGCAGUUUAUAUUAGAUGAGACCUGUGUAGGAACCCCUCCAGUCAUAGGGAUUGUGGGUGAUUCUUCCUCUACACGUUCUAUUGCCAUAUCCUCUGUCAUAGGUUUGUACAGAGUACCUAUGGUGAGUUAUUUUGCCACAUGUUCCUGUCUGAGUGACCGGCAAAAGUUUCCAUCCUUUUUUAGGACGAUUCCAAGUGAUGCCUUUCAGGUGCGUGCUAUGAUUCAGAUUCUUAACCACUUUGGCUGGACCUGGGCAGGUUUGCUGGUCAGUGAUGAUGACUACGGACUCCACGCUGCUCGAUCUUUCCAGUCUGACCUGGCACACUCUGAUGGAGGUUGUCUAGCUUACUUUGAGAUUUUGCCCUGGGGAAGUGACCAAGCUGAACUGAGGAGGAUUGUGGAAGUGAUGAGGAAAUCCACAGCUCGUGUGGUCAUUGUGUUUGCACAUGAGAGUCACAUGAUUAACCUCAUGGAAGAGGUGGUGAGGCAGAAUGUGACAGGCCUGCAGUGGAUGGCCAGUGAAGCUUGGACAGCAGCUACUGUGCUCCAGACCCCUGACCUCAUGCCGUACCUGGCUGGCACACUGGGCAUUGCCAUCCGUCGAGGAGAAAUACCGGGGCUCAGGGAAUUUCUCCUAGAAAUACGCCCUGACCUACACCACAACAACAGCAAUGGAAAUAGCAUAGUUAAACUCUUUUGGGAAUACACAUUUCAGUGCAGAUUCACACCUCCUCCAGCAGGUUGGGUGAAGGCUGGGGGAGCAUUAUGCACUGGACAAGAAGAUUUAAAGGAUGUGAAGACUGAGUUUUUGGACGUUUUGAACCUCAGGUCAGAGUAUAAUGUGUACAAGGCUGUGUAUGCUCUGGCCUACGCCCUUGAUGACAUGCUGCAGUGCACACCAGGGAGAGGGCCUUUCAGCGGGCACAGCUGUGGCAAUAUAAAAGGACUGGAGCCAUGGCAGCUAGUGUAUUACUUGCAAAAGGUGAACUUCAUCACACCGUUUGGUGAUCAAGUGUCGUUUGAUGAGAAUGGUGAUGCCUUACCAAUCUACGAUAUCAUGAACUGGCUGUGGCUCCCUGAUGGAAUAAUUAACGUUCAGAAUGUGGGCGAGGUUAAGAGGUUGGCUUUCAAAGGUGAAAAACUCACAAUUUAUGAAGACAGAAUCUUCUGGAACUUCGAAUCAAAAAAGCCACCCUUCUCAGUGUGCAGUGAGAGCUGCCCUCCAGGUACCCGUAUGGCCCGAAGGAAAGGGGAACCUGUGUGCUGUUUUGAUUGCAUCCCUUGUUCUGAUGGAAAGAUCAGUAAUGAGACUGACUCCAUGGAGUGCACCAGUUGUCCAGAGGACUUCUGGUCCAGCCCCAAGCAUGAUCACUGUGUUCCUAAGAAAACAGAGUUUCUGUCCUACCAUGAGCCUCUGGGUAUUGGCUUGAUGGCUGCCUCCUUGCUGGGCACAUGUAUGUGUGCUGUUGUCCUGGGCAUCUUUAUUUAUCAUCGCAGAACACCUGUAGUACGCGCCAACAAUUCAGAACUGAGUUUCCAGCUAUUGCUAUCUCUUAAGUUAUGUUUCCUGUGUUCAUUGCUGUUUAUUGGCCGUCCCAGACUGUGGACAUGCCAGCUGAGACAUGCAGCAUUUGGGAUCAGUUUUGUGCUCAGCAUUUCAUGUAUCCUGGUGAAAACCAUGGUAGUUCUGGCUGUGUUCAAGGCCUCUAAGCCGGGGGGGGGAGCCAGUCUGAAGUGGUUUGGUGUUUUUCAGCAGAGAGGGACAGUUAUUGUUCUUACUUCUAUUCAGGCAGCAAUCUGCACUGCAUGGAUUGUGUCUGCCUCACCAGUUCCUCACAAAAACACGCAAUACCACACUGACAAGAUAGUUUAUGAGUGUAUAGUUGGGUCCACAUUUGGUUUUGCAGUGUUACUGGGCUAUAUUGGCUUACUGGCAAUCCUUAGUUUUCUAAUUGCAUUUAUAUCAAGGAAUCUUCCAGACAGUUUCAAUGAGGCCAAGCUCAUCACCUUCAGCAUGCUGAUCUUCUGUGCUGUGUGGGUGGCCUUUGUCCCUGCUUAUAUCAGCUCGCCAGGAAAAUAUGCAGAUGCAGUGGAGGUAUUUGCCAUCCUGGCCUCCAGUUUUGGUCUCUUGGGGGCACUGUUUGGACCCAAAUGUUACAUAAUCCUACUGAGGCCAGAGAGGAACACAAAGAAGGCAAUUAUGGGUCGGAACAUCCAGUCACAAUAACUACACUUAUUUUCAUGCAACUGAA